AUGUACGGACUCCAAACUCUCAACUUUGACUUCGGCCUUCGCCUCACUUUUCGAUGGGUCUUUGUCCUCGCAGACGCUGUUCACCCGAUCAUUGCCUCGAACUUCCUCUCCUACUUCACCUUGGACGUCAAGAUGUUCUCAUCGCCAGUGCUACGCCUGAGCAUCAUCAGCACCAUCUACGUGCUUUCUUCUAACGUCUACAGCAAUACGGCCUGGCUUAUAGCCGUGGUUGACUCUCCAUCUCCAACCGUCGACUCGGCCGCAUUCUCUUCCGCGCAGCAGAAUGACAGCGAGCUCGUCGCUUUUCGGGAGAACCACCGUUUUCUCCUGUUUAAUGCCAGACAAGGAAGCCUACUCUCUGGUCCUCUCAGCGAACUCUUCACCACAGUUCCCGUGCCGGUUGGGGGAUCUGUGCUUGCAGCAGCCGGAAUCAUAGCGUCUUCAUUUGCCCCGGAUGUUACAUGGCUCACUGUCACGCUAGGAGCAAUGCAUGGUCUGGGCCUUGGCACAGUGACAACCAUGCUGCAAGUACUCAUCAGCAUGUACUUCCAGCGGUACCGUGGUGCCGCCAACGGUAUCAUGUUCGCCGGCUCCACAGCCUCGGCGUUCAUAUUCUCCCAUCUGUUGCUGUACUUUAAAGACACCUACGGCUUCCGAGGCAGCCUGCUGGUAUUUGGUGGCGUUCUCAUGAACAUGGUCGCCUUGAGUCUCGCCUUCAAGGAGCCACAUUGGGUUAGGAGGGACAGAAUCAAGAGGAGAACGGGCUUACAGGGGACAAGGAGGCCGUCGAUAUUCACAACGGGCUUAGAGCAAGGGGCAAAAAAGGUGCCCGCCACCGCGGCAGUGCUAAGGAAUAUUCGCGGAGUGCUCAAGUGCGCCAUGAUGUACGUUCUCGUGAUCACGUCGCUAGCGUUCAGCUACAACUACGACAUUUUCUUCUCCACGAUCGUCGACUUCGCCAUGGACAAGGGGAUUCCCCUAGAGAACACCGUGUCUUUCAUAACCUACACGUCUAUCACUGAUCUUGUGGGAAGGGUUGUCUUUCCUACCUUCACCGACCGUGGGCUCCUGCAGCGAUCCACGUUAAUGAUAUUGAAUUACUUUCUUCUGGGCUUGUGCAUUAUAUCACUGCCAUUCUGCGAGUCCUACUGGGUCCUG